AUGCGCAGGCCUGUGCGUCCUUCCGCCACCUUCCCAAAGCUCUGGAACACCUGCUUCUUUGAUGCUAAGGCUCUGAGCCGCUUUUCCCGGAGAUCAAGCACCGUUCGGGAUCCACGUUCAGUGAACUCUAUUCGCCUGUGUAUUUCAAAAGUAACCUCACAUUUGAAGAGACUAACCGUUCCUGUUUUUGCCGGCAAUCAAGUUGAAGCAAUCAAGUUGAAGAAACGUUUCCACUACUAUAUUUAUUCAGCUCUUCCAAUGGGAUUUUCUGUUAGUAAAUCUGCUACUCAGUUAUCUGCUAUGUGUAUGGAUGCAAAAGUGGAUGAUCAAUUAAUGCAAGGGACUGAGAAAAGCAAGCUGGAACCAGUGACUCAGUUAUUUCAAAACACUAAGAAAAUAAGAUUAGAAGACCCAAACCAAGAAAACCUUACAAGAGAGAAAGAGACUGGUCCAGGCUCUCUUUCUGAGAAAGCCGUGGGUUCAGUAGUUUAUGUUAAAGAAAGUGAUGGAAUAGAAAUGACAGAUGUGGAAUGAAGUUGUUUGUACCUAUUAACACAGAAAUCAAAACUUGCUUUUGACUAAGAGGGCAUAUUGAUUGAGAACUUAACCUCAAUAGGAAAACCUAACAAAAUGAAGGAAGAUGUUUGCUUUUUCCCCCCACUGUUUAUAAAUCACCGUAGACUGCAUUUUUUGAUGAUACAUACUCAAAACAGUUGCUUUAGGGAGAAAAAGCUUUCCAAAAUUCAAAGUAGAUUUCUCUGGUAUUAUCCUUGUCAAAAUCAGAGUUUUGACUAAAAGUAUUUAAAUGGCACUAAAACAUAUUAAUGAUAAAGUAUUUAACUAGUAAUCAAAAAACAUGAAACAGUGCCCAAACAAUUUGACAUCAUUAUGUCACACUAUUUCUUAUGUAUCAAUUUUGUAUGUUAGAUUUCCAGUUUGGGAUUUUGCUUAAGGGGACUUUAUCUUUCUACAUUUUUGCAUUUCUGUUAUAUAGACGUUCACUCUAGGUAAACUAUGCAAAAAAUCCCACAGUAAAUUGCAUACUUUGAAAAGCAUUUCACAUUUUAAAUCAUCCUUUUAAACUGUUAUUAUUUUCUCCACAUUGAAUUCAUUUCAGAACUACAACAUAGUUAUUUCAAAGUGUAGUAGUUUAUCUUACAGUUGCUAACAUUUUAUAUCACCAAUAUUUAAU